CUGCACUGGGCUGUAUUUAUUGUUUCAGCGCAGAGCGGCCUAGGGGAUUGUCUUUUGAAUUCCUCUUGCAGGAACAUCAGGGGCCGUGCAAAGCAACUCCGGUGAUGGCACCCAAGAAAGCUAAGAAGAGAUCAGAGGGAGCUAAUUCCAAUGUCUUCUCUAUGUUCGAACAAACACAGAUCCAGGAAUUCAAAGAGGCAUUCACCAUCAUGGAUCAGAACCGGGACGGCUUUAUUGACAAGGCAGAUCUGAGAGAUACGUUUGCUGCAGUGGGUCGUUUGAAUGUAAAAAAUGAAGAACUCGAUGAAAUGAUAAAGGAGGCUCCUGGACCAAUUAACUUUACCGUAUUCCUGAGCAUGUUUGGAGAAAAGCUCAAGGGUGCUGAUCCAGAGGAGACGAUCCUGAACGCGUUCAAGGUGUUUGACCCCGAGGGCAAAGGCCUGAAAUCUGACUACAUUAAAGAAAUGCUGAUGACCCAGGGAGAGAGGUUCUCCCAGGAAGAGAUCAACCAGAUGUUUGCAGCUUUCCCCCCAGACAUCACUGGAAAUUUAGACUACAAAAAUCUCGUCCACAUCAUCACACAUGGAGAAGAGAAGGAUUGAGAACCGGGGUUGCGCUAAUUCCUCAGGCACAGUAAUGGGGAUGGUACCUUGCGACGCUUGCCUCUCCCAUGGUUCUGGCUGGGUUUGGCCUUGGUCCCAUUCUUGUCUGUUUUUCUAUGCAGGAAAAUCUUACUGUAACUGGGGAAAUCCAGACCUGAAUUGUGUCCAAAUUAAAUGAUACAUUUUGCAGGAGGAAA